GCCCGGCCCGGCCCGGCCCGCGGUGAGUGGAAGCGUCCGGCCGCGCGGUGCAUUGUGGGCGGGAUUGAGGAAGUAAAAUGGCGGACCUGGCGAACGAAGAAAAACCUGCCAUUGCUCCACCUGUCUUUGUAUUUCAGAAGGAUAAAGCACAGAAGAGAUCAGCAGAUGGAUCAAGCCCAGAAGAUGGGGAUGAAUCUGAUCGAGAGGAUGGGAGCUACUGUCCACCUGUAAAGCGGGAGAGAACGUCGUCCUUAACUCAGUUCCCUCCUUCUCAGUCAGUAGCAAAGAACAACGUUUUUAUGCCAUCAAGCUUCUGUGAACCCUCUACAGGCAACUCUGACUCGGAACCAGAGGAAAAGAGCAGUGGAUUCCGGCUGAAGCCCCCAAUCCUUAUCCAUGGUCAGGCCCCCAGUGCGGGUCUCCCCAGCCAGAAGCCGAAGGAGCAGCAGCGCAGUGUGCUACGUCCAGCAGUAUUACAGGCACCACAGCCAAAAGCUUUCUCACAGAUGGUUCUCAGCAGCGGCACCAAUGGUGUGAAUAUCCCAGCAGAUUCCGCAGCCACAUCAGAAUCGCUAAGUAAUGCUGCACCGAAGAGCUCUGACUCUGAAGACAAGGCAGGAGAAUGUCAGAAAAAAGAGUCUAACAACACUUCAGAUGAUGACAGCUGUGAGAAGGCAGAACUAAAUGCACAGCAAGCGUUUGUAUUUGGGCAAAACUUAAGAGAUAGAGUUAAGCUGGGGGACGAAAGCGAUGAAGCUGCCGACGUGCCCAGCGCCGGCCUUCACGCGACAGACACACCUUCUGCAACAAAUUAUUUUCUACAGUACAUCAGUUCCAGUGUAGAGAACUCUACAAACAGUGCAGAUGCAUCUAGCAACAAGUUUGUCUUUGGCCAGAACAUGAGUGAGCGAGUCCUAAGUCCACCAAAAUCAAAUGAAGGUAGUACAGAGAGUAAUAAGGAGAAUGCUGCUACAGAGUCUGGGUCUGAAUCCUCUUCUCAGGAAGCCACACCAGAGAAAGCAAAUAAUAUUUCCGAGUCCCUGGCAGAGUCUGCAGCAGCCUACACUAAAGCAACAGCAAGGAAGUGUUUGUUAGCAAAGGUCGAAGUGAUCACCGGGGAGGAAGCUGAAAGCAAUGUGUUACAGAUUCAGUGCAAGCUGUUUGUGUUUGAUAAAAACUCCCAGUCUUGGGUGGAAAGAGGUCGAGGACUUCUGAGACUCAAUGAUAUGGCCUCAACAGAUGAUGGAACAUUACAGUCUCGGCUGGUGAUGAGGACUCAGGGGAGUCUCAGGUUAAUCUUAAAUACCAAGCUCUGGGCUCAGAUGCAGAUCGAUAAAGCCAGUGAGAAGAGCAUCCGGAUCACUGCCAUGGAUACAGAGGACCAGGGAGUUAAAGUUUUUCUUAUAUCAGCGAGCUCUAAAGACACGGGGCAGCUGUAUGCUGCGUUGCACCAUCGCAUCUUGGCCUUGCGGAGUAGAGUGGAACAAGAGCAAGAAGUGAAGAAUGUAGCACCUGAGCCAGAGGUAACACAAUCAAACGAGGAGGACAGUGAUGAUGACGUCAUUGCACCUUCAGGAUCAGUUGGAAGUGGUCCUAAUGAUGAAGGUGAUGGGCAGAAUGUUGGCAGCACAUAGCAGACGUGAGCCCCUCUGCUUGCAAGGCUGCUAUGAACACCAUCUUGCAGGCACCUCUGGAUCCCCCAGGCCAGCUGUUCUUUCAGGCAGUGUUGAAGGCUCCAGGACUUAAGAACUGUGCAUCCCUGUUCUGUUUGUUUGGUUUUUUGGUCUGGAUCAGUAGAUUCCACACAGAAAAAAGCAGACUUGGAAACUACCUGAAUGUGGUUUGGGACGUGAAAGCUCAUCAUAUUGAUGAGCCAAAAAGAAAACACAAAAUAAAAAACACAAAACCCAACAAAACCCCAACCAUUUCCCCUCUUCCUUGUAAUUGAAAUGGCACAUUACAGCUUGUCACAGCUUUUCAGUGGGACCUUUUGACUGUUUCUUCAGUAGUUCAUGUCUUGCAGGCCUCCGAGAUAGAACUUUCCGACACGGUUCCAGCUCGAAUUCUGCUUUUGGAGCCCCUCCUCCCCCUUAAGAGUUUCUGCCACCUGCAGGGAAACUGUGUCCUCACCAGUUCACUGACUGCCCUUUUGGGUUCAUUCUCUUUUUGGACUGCAGAUGAGGCAGAUGAUGGUGUUUUCCCUUUUAAUUCCAGCGUAGGUUGUGGGCACUGUUGUUCCCUGUCCAGUGGGUUUGUAAACAGAGAGAAACAAAACAUUGUGCUUCACCAGGAAAGGUUGUUUUUUAAUGCAGUAACAAGAGACUUCAGAGUCUGCAGGAUUCUGCUAAUUCCUUUUCUUUCUUCCCAUUUCAUUAUUAUUAUUUGGGGGUUUAUAUUGUGGUGAUACCAUUUUUUUAUUUUAGUUUUUUUCGAUAAGAUGCUCUUGUGUGUUGAGAAAGUGAAACUAUUGUUUUGUACUGUUCUUUUCUGUUCCUAUUUAAGGGAGAGCUAAGCCACUAUAUAUAAUAGAUGUUGCAUACAAUUUUUUCUUAGGAAAUAAUAUGUUUCUGUGGCUACAGUGAAGUGGAGGAGGCAAACAGAUUACACCUUCAGGAAAGCUGAGGAGGAAACAGCAGUUUAGCCCUUGGAAGAAUAAACCGGGCUCAUGUAAUGAGCUCUGCCAGCCAUUCAAGUAAACCUGUACUCUGAAGCAGCUCUCAUUUAAUGGCUUGAUUCAACAAGCCAUGGAAGCACUUGCCUGAUUUACCUACGUGUGAAUAAUCUUCCUGAAGUCAAUGCAGCUAUUCAUGCUUAAAGUCGAGUACAUUUUUCAAUACCUUGCUGGAUUAACGGCCUUAAAUAGAAACUUCUAACCCUUCCUGUCCCCUGUUCUGUUUCCUGAAGUCUUGCAGCAUGAAGAAAAAGGUAAUAUUGCCAGCUUUGAAUAGUUUGGGCUGAAGGAUAUUGUAUUCUGUUCCACCAAAAUAAAAGCAAGAAUGUGUUUUCCUGUGUGUAA